AUGUACUGGGGAAAUCAUAUUAGAAUUAUCUUCGCUGUGACUCUGGUCUGGCAGGCUGUUCAUUUAGGAAAAUGCCUUGAAAAAGAAGGACGUGAAGAAGAUGUGAAAAGCCUUAAUGCCACAGCACAAAAGCUGCAGCCGAAGAAUGAAGGGACUAUUGUAAAUGUUCUCAGUGACAUGAAUCAGAGCUAUGAAAGCAGAAAGCAACAGAAUUCCAGGGCACUGGUACCUUUCACGGGGAUUACAGAGAGUAAAGAACUGAAUAGACACUGCUGCCAAAAUGGAGGGACCUGUAUCCUAGGGGCUUUCUGUGCCUGCCUAAAGCAUUUCACUGGCAGAUACUGUGAACAUGAUGAGCGGAAAAGCAACUGCGGCAGCAUUUCCCAUGGCGCCUGGGUGCUGAAGGGCUGUUGGCUGUGUCGGUGCGGCUACGGUACUCUGAACUGCCUCUCAGAAAUAAUGCAUGAUAACUGUGAACCGAAAUCAGAAAAAGAGGAAAUUACCAGAUUAUAUUCUAAUGGGCUAAGAUUACAGCAAACAGUGUUCACACUCACUUGCCUGCUCACCGUCCUCCUGGAGCUCUGCUGCUGGCAGUUGUAA